AAAGAAUACACGUUGGUCGAAAAGUUUUGCCUACCCUGUACGUCUGUGGAGUACUAAUGUCGGCAACAUUGGUUCUAAGGGGUACGAAAUUGGUAUAUCGAACAUCAAAGGUUCCGUCAGAAGUGUCGCCUCUGUAUGUAACUCUGUGCUAGCGUUGCAAUGUAACUGUCAUUAUUCCUUAUCUAAGGUUUCACUGAUUUAUGGUAGGUUCUUCAAAGAUGUUGUUCAGUGUUAAACGAACUUUGUUGUAAUUAACUUUGAAAAGGAAUCGAAUUCGUCCAACACGUUUGAAACAAAGAUAAAAAGGCAAUUAUGGAAGGUGAAUUAGAACAUAACAUUGCUAAGUUAGUCGAUGACUUAAGGUUUGUUAUAAAAUCAGAGAAAGAGAACGAAGAUAUCGUCCAAAUUUUAGACUCCAUUGCCAAUGAUAGCAAAACUUCUGUUGGAGAAGCUACAGAGUUCAUGGUAGACGAUGUAUUUCUUACUUUAUUGCAUCACGAAUCUAAAGAUAUAAUUGCGAAAACUGCUAUGGCGAUUGCCGAAAUUGCCAAAAGCAGAAAAGGAAGGGAAAAGUGUACUAAUACGGACCUGGUCAAUGCUCUUAUAGAUCUAUUAAAAGAUGAUCGGAUCGACGUAUUGACGCAAACUUCCAGAGCUUUGGGGAAUAUUUGUUACAAGAAUGAGGAUGGUAAGAAAUUUGUCGAAGACAAUAAUGGAUUGAUUUCGAUUCUGGCAGUGUUGGAAAAAAGCGUAAUGCUGAAGAAUGUAGAAGGUGCACCAUCCCUUCGUAACGCUGCUGCAGGACUUUUACGAAAUUUCCUUAUUGACCGAUCAUCUCUUCAGAAAGAGGCAUUGCAACAAGAAAAAACCAUACCUAAUAUCUGCAGCAUUUUGGAGAUCGAUGGAACUGCAGGCAGAGAGGCUGCGUUGCGUUCGCUUUACAUAUUAGCAAUACUGAAUGAUGUUAAGUUAGAAUUUCUAGACGAAAGGCUCACGAAAAUAUUGCUCGAUAUUUUAGACAGCGAUCCGUCGGUGGAACUCAACGAAAUGUGCUUGGAAUUUCUUCACGGUCAAGCAGAAUAUGAGAAUUCGAAAUUGCUACUUGCGAAAGCGGGUGCCUGUGAAUUGUUGCUGAAGCUUUUAAUGGAGUACUGUCCAAGCUUCACAUAUGAAAAGAUAUCAUGGAAGCUUGCUUGCAGUCUGAUUGUCCUUAUACUGACUGGAGAUGAGAGCAUGAACUAUGUCUAUGACAACAACAAUGGUAUUGUGUACAAGAAAUUAGUUCAGUGGCUUGAAAGCAUGAACCAAUAUUUGCAAUUCACAGCAGUGUACGCAAUGGGCAAUUUUGCACGCACUGAUGUUCAUUGUAAGCUUAUGGUUGCUCAAGGCGUUCACCGUAGUCUCCUCAAUUUACUAAAAAACAAUAACACGACGAAAACUCAUGAAACAUUCCAAUAUGCUUUGCUCGGUGCCUUGAGGAAUCUUGUUAUCCCUGCUGAAAACAAACCUAUAAUAUUGGAAGAUGGAUUGCUAGAUGUUUUGUGCCCCAUACUGGACAUCAAAUCGCCCAUAGUGCUCUGGGAACUAUGGGCCACAUUAAGGAUCGUUAUCGAUGGUCAACGUGAAGCUGCCAUACAGUUGGGAAAGAAAAGCAAUUUCAUGAAAAGAUUAAUUGAGUGGUGUGUACUUCCUGGACUCCCUAUGGGCGACGCACCUCGCCUACUUGUUUGGAUCAUUAAUAAUAGCAGGAAUAAGGAAAUCUCGCUUUCGGUAAUAAAAUAUGGAGCAACAAGAUGCUUAGUCAAAAUGUUAACAGCAUAUCACAUUGUAAUGCGGAACGAAGCUCUAAUUAGUUUGAUAGUAUUGACGACGAGUUGUUUGCCUGAAUGUGAAAAGUUUCUUUUUGAAGCUGAAAUAGGAGAACAACUUUGCAGAUUGUUCGAUACUACGAAUAAUCUAGAUACAUCAAUUCUGCAAAACUUCGUAUUUCUUUUGGAUAAUAUUACUAAUUCAGAUGUAUUAAGAGAACAGCUAGGGAAAAGUAACUUGAGAGAAUUGUGUCGAAAUCUGGUUCAAGAUGAAGAAAACUCGACUCUACGGAACAGACUGGAAGAAAUUUGUGACAAACUUAAUUAAACAUUGCGAAAAAGUUGAAAGUUUUAGAAGUCUUUUACGAAGAGUGGAAUUUCAACAAAAUAUAAGAUUCUUUUCUAGAAGAAAAUGAACUUUUAUGCUAGAAUAUGAAAACUAUUUCAUAUUCGAAACAGUAUUUUUCGAAACAGACGUUCAAUGUGUACAAUUAUACAAAAAUAGAAUAUUUAAUUUCAUGCAUUCAGUGAUGAUAUAUGAAGACUGUUUGAAAUUGGAAUUUUGUUAUUUGUUUUCAGUACAAAAAGAUCUCGGUUAAACAAUUGAUUCGUUGAAUUAAGAUAAAUGUAAUUUAUAUAUGUGUCUAUUGAUCUAUUGCUACUUAAGAUAAAUAUUAGUCGAUUGAUUAAUGGGCGGGGUGGGAGGGCGAUUCUAGAAAUUUGUGAACAUCUAAAAAUAUAUAUACUUUUACGAAAUCGACCAAACUAUAUUAUU